CUGUUAUUCUUCCUUACAAGCUCUCUCAAGCAAGAUUUCUUGUCGGAGGGCAUGCAGUUGGUGGGCAAGUUUGCACAGCGGCACCCGGCCUGUAUCAGACACUCCUCCCCAACAGCCACGGAAUUUACAGCUUCUAGCGUUUCUCGCAAUCUAGUGUGACAUGAUCUCGGUUCCUGUUCCCGGUUCCUGCCUAGCGGGUGCUUCUAUAUGAGGCUGACACAGUGUUAGCGCUGGCUAAGGCAUGCGGCAAAGGUUGCAGUACUUACAGCCUACGGUAUAGAAUACAUGGUAAGUAAGGUGCAGACCCCGCACGCAGCCUGAUUUCGAGUGCCUUGCAUUUCAACACUUCCCCGCUCGCAGCCUAAUAACCAGUGCCUGGCAACUCAACACGUCCCCUUUGUCAACAGUCCAGCGCCGCAUCUCAUGCUACGAGCCAGAAUCUUCUGUGCCCCUUUUCCAAAGUGUAUACCUCAACGCCGCUACAUCUCUGUCCAGAUGGCUUCAAAACGGAGCCAGGUCAUAUACGCACCUUCAGAGGAAUCUCCCCGCGGAAUAAAGUCUGUCUUUCUCGCCGGCACGACCAGCAAAGUCGAUACCAGCGACUGGCGGGAAACCCUCUCUUCCUCGCUCUCCGAAGUGCCGAUCACAAUCUACAACCCAUACCGCGCGGACUGGGACAGUACGUGGCGCGAAGACAUCAACUUCUCCCCAUACCGCGAACAGGUACUGUGGGAGCUCGACAAGCAGGCCGAAGCGGAUUUAGUGGUGGUAUACUUCCACCCAGCUACGCAGGCCCCGAUAAGUCUGCUCGAGUUUGGGCUCUCUGCGCAGGUUCCAGGAAAGGUCAUCGCUGUGUGUCCUGAAGGGUUUUGGAAGAGGGGAAACGUGCAGAUUAUCUGCCAAAAGUUUGGGGUUGAGUUCUUGGAGAACGUCGACGGAUUACAUGAGGCUAUCAUGAAGAAUUUGUCCAUUGGUCCAUGACUAUGGGCUACUAACCUUCUUUUAUUAUCGGAAGAUAGUCAGGACUCUUGCUGGGCAUACAAUGCAAGGUCGGGUAUCUGAAGGAAACAAGGUCGUCACAGGAAAUACCAAGAGCUCGGCGGUAGGGCAUUGGACUGACUACAGGGGUACGCGUGCUGUGAGAAUGGUAUGUACAGUACAAGCUACACUACCCAACGAUCAGACUUUGUAGCUCAGUGUGUAAGCAAACAUCCC